AUGGUGCAAUGGGAUGAAGUGUCGUCAGUGAAGCUCAGUGAACCCCCAUUCCCAUCUCUUUUGUCUCUUCAGUUAUUUAUUCGAGGUACUACUUUGGAAAUAUGGCCUGAAGUAUUGUUCAAAUCGCAUCAUCCAGAUUCUCCUGUAGCCGCAGCCCUUAUCUGCUGUAUUUCCAAGUCAGGACAGAAUACUCGGUAUCGAUACUAUUUACUCGUUCCAUCAGUGCAGAACACCUCACAGCUGACAGUGCUUCCACAUUACACAUUUAGUACCUUGGAUCAUGGCUUGGUUGCGACAAAGCGCUAUGAUUUGUCUCAUUGGCCCUGUGACACUGGAGGGCAGAUUCAAACUUGCACCGGGCGAAGUAGGCCGACGUUUGUAGCAUGGUUGAAGUCCAAGGGGACAGAUGGUCUGUUCGUUCACAACCAUCGGCGCGGAAACAGCUGUAUAGAAUGGCCAGAUGUUAAAUUGGAAAUUGAGAACAAUUCAUCAAGCAAAAGAGAAACCUGGCUCAAAUAUCCUCACCGAUUGGGAAUUGCUUGUUUCGCUGAUGGUCGUUGCUUGGUACAAGCGUUUUCCCACAAGUCGGUGGCAUGGGAAGGAGAUAUCCCACCCGUUGCGCAUGGCAUGGUCGCCAGCCUUUUUAUGUCACUGUUGCUGCUGGUGACGUUUAUUUUGGGCGUUGCAAUUGUUUUCCGACAUCGGAUGGUUUUGCACAAAUUGCGACAAUUUGAUUUAUGCAAACGGAUGCAUACGCGCAUUCGCCGGCAUGCCAGUCGACACCAAGCAUAUGGAAGAUGUUGUGAAAAGCCUACAGUGAACACCUCAGGCAUUGUGCAUCUCCAUCAAAACAUUCACGGUCUACCCACAACUCUUCACCCGGGACUCUUCUCCACAUUCGACCAACACUGUUCGUACGCUCACCGGAUUCAGUCGAGGGCGAGUUACGAAAACUUGAACCGUUGGUGCCGGCACAAUGACUCCAGCACAGAUGAUGGGCGAUAUGCCAGAAGUUUACCAAGUCUAACCGCACGAUCUGACUCCGAUUUGACGGAUCGCAAACACGUCCACCCGACUGCAUGGGGCAGAUUGGUCGACGGCGUGUGGGAAAUUAAUCCGUCUCAGAUUAAAGUCACUCACCUACUCGGUCGUGGUGGUUUCGGUCGAGUUAUGCAAGCCAAACUACUACUGCCUCCCGAAGGCACCGGAACUGUGUGCUGUGUUCUUCAACAACAUAUCGGUCGUGUGACGGAUCGCUCGAGUGAUUCUACCAGCCAGCCGUUUAUGUGGGUGGCUAUCAAACAAAUAUUUCAUUCUGAAAGUGAACACAACACCAUUAGUGACGGCUGCAUUGGGCAUCUCACCACUGAGGUUGAUCAUGCCCAAACACUGCAUUCAUGCUGCAAAAAUGACGCGUGCCAUUAUGCCGAACUAGCCUCCUGUGAACAGCGGUCCAGAACUCCUCUAUCGUCAUUGCGCUGCACAGAUCAUGGGAUGGGUAAGACCAGCAACUAUCCACUGAUAGGCAACAGACCGUCUAUCGCUCAACCUGCUACGACGUUUGGGUACAACUUGUCCCGGAAAACAACAAAUCAAAUCAGCCUCCUAAAAGCUGAACUGGCUGUAAUGAAACUGGCCGGAAUUCACCCAAAUGUGGUCAGAUUGAUCGGCCAGAGUGAUCUAUUAGUUUUUGGUCCUGUUUUGGUCAUCGAAUACUGUCCCCGCGGUAAUCUCCGUUCGUAUCUACGUUCCCUGCGAUCGAAUCUCACCCAAAACCAAAUAGAAAUGUCCCCACUCCAGAACCAGUUGUUGUCCUACGUCAGCCAGGUUGCGGAAGGGAUGCGGUACUUGUCAUCACGAAACAUGGUCUUACGGAGUCCUCCUAUGGGAAGUCUACACACUCGGCGGCACUCCUUACCUGCAUUUUACUUUGGAACAAGUGCAGAACAUCAUUCAGCACGGUUACCGAAUGUCAAAACCACCACUUUGUCCUCCACACAUUGGUAUCUUGAUGCAAGAAACCUGGCGAACUCUCCCUCAAGACCGACCAGAUUUCAAUCAGAUUGUACAGAGACUAUGCCAAUACGUCUGAGUCGGCUGUUUUGUAACUCCUUCUCACUCAACGUCAUUUGA